UGUGUUUGUUUUCUCAGUUUGCUUUUGCUUUUCUGUCAAAUAACACUAAUGAAUAGCUGACUUUUAGGGGUGUCCCGGACAAAUACUGGACCCAUGUUGUUGUUUUGAUGGUGCUGUGUAACAGUGAGCUACGCUAGUAGCUUCAAAGUGAAGGUAUCUGGUUGUGUUACCUAUGAGGGUGACUUACUGCCAUACGUAUGCUAAUGGGUGUGUUUGUUAAUCUCCUAUGGAGCAGUUGGGUACCAUGUUACAUGGCAGAUUAAGAGUAUGCAUCAGACUCGAUCUUUUCAUGACUUUAGCAUAUUUGUGGGCAUUGAUUGUUGAGCGUGUACUAAAGACCUUCAGUGUUACAGUAGUACAGUUAGAUGUUGUGUAGUUGCUAUGACCUCAACAUGAUGCUGGAUUGUGAUGGUGAAAUGGACUUACUCAACAGACUUAACUAACCUAUGAUUAAGCAACAAUUUGGUUUUAUUUUGUCUAAUUCCUUUCAUACACACCAUUUCUAGAAGGCUUUUAUAAAGCUAGGUAAUCUUGUCAUAUAACAUGUAUGAACUGUGAUCAGCAGAGCAGUUUCUGGAAUUUGUUAUGUUAAUUUGCAUUGCAUGAGAAUAAAAAACAGCAAGACCUCAAACUAUUGCUGAGAGUUAUUGUUUUAUCAAAAUCAUGGGGUGGGAUGGUAUUUUUCAGGUGUCUGCCUAAUCUAGUGAAAUACCAUUGUAAAAAGGUGAAAAAAUGUAUAGAAAGGCAUGAAAAUGCUGAGGUGGGUGCAAGACUUUCACACUUGUCAUGACUGUGUGUGUAAGAGAGCCUAGGUCAGGCAGACCUUCUGGGAGCAUCUGCAUUAGUAUUCAAUUCAGAUUAGGUGCAUACUUUUAAAGUGAAUCUCCUGAUUGUCCACACUUACCUUGCUUUCCCUUGUAUUGAAGAGUGAGCUUGGAGCGCACAAGCUAGAUUACUUUCAUAUCGGAGCAUAUCUUCCAACAUAGGUGGAAGUACACUGUAGUUCUGAAGUGCGUUUAAUAUUCUACAACUGCUAAUGAGCCUUCAGUUGACAGAAAGAGGCUGGAACUAGUCCAAAGUAAUCUCUGUCCUCCCAGCGUACAUAUAAUGAGGGUCUUGGGUUGUCCACAUCGUCUAUUUUGCUUGCAAAUCUUCUGCUGUUGGUCUGCAGUACUUGACAAUGGCUGUACCUUUAUUAGUUUGAGAGUGACUCAGUAUACUGAAACUGAACUUUAGCCUGAAUGUUAAAGAUUGUAUUUGGAAUAUGUUCCUUCCAUAUGAAUCUUCUGGCUUUGCUAGGUAUGAUGUUAAAAAAUAAAAAUAAGCAUUGUAUGGGGGGAUAUUUUGUAAAGUAUGUUUCAACUAAUUGAGCAGUUGAGAUGAAGAUGAGAUAGAAGAAGAGAGAUCAGAUCAGACUAUCCAUACUGCAGACUGUCUUUCUGAUACUUUGUCUUUUAUCUCUACUGCUGCAAUCAUCUUCUCUCAAGCCAUUUUGCUUUCUCAAACCUAGAAAGAGAAAGGUUCUCUAAACCUAGUUAGAAAUGCAGUUGCUAAAAUGAUCACCAUGCUUGUCGACUUGAUUGUUCCACCUGUGCAUGUGUUGCCUUAUGCUUCUGAGUCCUUCCACAGCUUAGAUCUUAUUUACUGCUGCUACUAUAUUGUGGUCAUGAAUUCCAGAUUUGAGCAUCCACCAUUCAGUUAUUACAAAAAUAACUGUGCUGCUUUUUGACUCCUCUAUUUGACUGCCAUUUUUGAGGAUGUUUUUGCCCGUCAAUCUUCAUUCUUUUCUCCAUGUUUCCUUGUGAGGCAAAUCUCGCUGGGAGCCUUACAGCAUGCUAUCUAUCAAGACAAGGCAGUAGUAAGAGAAGUGGAAAACAAGCAUUGCAGAACAAUGAGAAAGAGGGAAAGAAGGAGCGAGCAAUGGUGGAUAGAGUGUUCAUUGCAAGAAUAUGUCGAAUCCUGAAAAUAAUGGUCCCUGGAAUGCUUUGUAAAGAGACAGGUUAUUUGCUACUUAUUGCUGUCAUGCUGGUAGUCCGCACAUAUUGUGAUAUUUGGAUGAUUCAAAAUGGAACAGUCAUUGAAAGUGCCAUCAUUGGUCGCAGCAGAAAAGAUUUCAAGAAGUACUUGUUCAACUUUAUUGCUGCAAUGCCUGCUAUCUCUUUAGUGAAUAACUUUUUGAAGUAUGGUCUAAAUGAACUGAAACUUUGUUUCCGAGUGAGACUCACCAAAUACCUCUAUGAGGAAUAUCUUAAAGCUUAUACAUACUACAAAAUGGGAAAUCUGGACAACAGAAUAGCUAAUCCAGAUCAACUCCUUACACAGGACGUUGAAAAAUUCUGUAACAGUGUAGUGGACCUGUACUCAAACCUUAGCAAGCCUUUUUUGGAUAUAGUUUUGUAUAUCUUCAAGCUAACAAGUGCAAUAGGAGCGCAGGGUCCAGCUAGCAUGAUGGCAUACUUGAUUGUUUCAGGGUUUUUCCUUACACGUUUAAGGAGACCCAUUGGCAAGAUGACUAUUAUUGAACAAAAAUAUGAAGGAGAGUACAGAUACGUCAACUCACGGCUUAUUACAAACAGUGAAGAAAUUGCUUUUUAUAAUGGAAACUUAAGAGAAAAACAGACUAUUCACAAAACCUUCCGUAAACUGGUGGAACAUUUGCAUAAUUUCAUCUUGUUCCGGUUCUCUAUGGGAUUCAUUGAUACUAUCAUCGCCAAAUACCUUGCCACUGUGGUUGGUUACCUGGUUGUUAGUCGUCCAUUUUUGAACCUGGCUGAUCCUCGCCAUCAAAAUAGUACCCAUGCAGAACUUUUGGAGGAUUACUACCAAAGUGGAAGAAUGCUGCUGAGAAUGUCUCAAGCUUUGGGCAGAAUAGUCCUAGCGGGUCGUGAAAUGACAAGAUUGGCUGGUUUCACAGCUCGAAUUACAGAAUUAAUGCAGGUUCUAAAGGACUUGAACGGUGGCAAAUAUCAGCGCACUAUGGUAUCUCAAGAAAAAGAUGCGGAUAGAACGCAAGCUUUUGCUCCGAUUCCUGGAUCUGGAGAAAUUGUCAACACUGAUAACCUUAUUAAGUUUGAUCAUGUUCCAUUGGUGACACCUAAUGGAGAUGUUUUGAUUCAAGACCUUAAUUUUGAGGUUCGAUCUGGCGCAAAUGUUCUGAUUUGUGGGCCGAAUGGGUGUGGGAAAAGUUCACUUUUUCGUGUUCUUGGUGAGUUAUGGCCUUUGUUUGGUGGACGUCUAACUAAACCUAUAAGAGGAAAGUUGUUUUAUGUUCCUCAGAGACCAUAUAUGACUCUUGGAACACUCAGAGAUCAAGUUAUCUAUCCAGAUACUUUAGAAGAUCAACGAAAGAAAGGGAUUUCUGACCAGGUGCUGAAGGAGUAUUUGGAUAAUGUUCAGCUGGGUCACAUCUUGGAACGUGAAGGAGGCUGGGAUAGUGUUCAGGAUUGGAUGGAUGUACUCAGUGGAGGAGAAAAACAGAGAAUGGCGAUGGCAAGGUUAUUUUAUCAUAAGCCCCAGUUUGCAAUUCUGGAUGAAUGCACUAGUGCCGUUAGUGUUGAUGUAGAAGGCUACAUUUACAGCCAUUGCCGAAAGGUUGGCAUCACUCUCUUCACUGUCUCUCACAGAAAGUCGCUCUGGAAACAUCAUGACUUUUACUUGCACAUGGAUGGUAGAGGAAAUUAUGAGUUCAAGAAGAUAACUGAAGACACAGUUGAAUUUGGAUCUUAAAAUUCAUAAGCUGCGCUGCUACAGAGACUGAUAAUUACAGGAAACACAGAAUGGCAGACACUGUACAAUAAAACUAUUCAGCUUGUUUCUUAAACAAAUUAACUAGGAUAACCCAAAACAAGCUGUUAAGCAUUUACUAUUAUGUAGGAUAUUGCUAAUUGUGUAUAUGUUGGUUUAAUUAUUAAUAUGUACUAAGAAUGUCCUUAUUCUUGUGGUUUUAAAACCUGCCUAAAUUAAAUUGGGCUUAAAUCGGUGUAACUUGAUUCAUCCUGGGAUGCAAACCAUUUGAAAUCAGCUGAUUUGACUUUUGUAGAUCUUCUUUCCCUUCAGUGAAAAGCCCUGUUAAAAUUAGGGUUGCUACCUCUCUUGUUCCUGCAAAGCAGUCUUGGAUUUUUUGCUCUCUGUUCUAUGCAUAUUUCUGAGUUAUCUCCCAUGGUGCAGGACACUCUCCCAUCUUCAGAUCUGUGCCCUGUGUUAGACUGAUGAAAGAGUCUUUUCCUUGACCAAGCCUUGUGAUGUAGCCAAUAUGCCCUUGCUGGUAAAGGAUGAACUGAACUGAAAGAUGGAACUAAUUUCCUCGACUAAGAAAAUUAAGCUUAUUCUUUGGUGGGUUUUAGAUUCUCUUUCAGUUUUUGCCUUGCAUAGGAUUCUGUCUGCUGCUCGCCUCUCUCAUUCUCUCCCAGCUUAGCAAGAGCUUCACCCUUCUCCCCACCCCAGCCCUCUCCUGUCAGAGAAAUACUGUGGUAAUGAAGAGUUGAGAGGCAGUUGAGAGAGGAAAGAGCUGACAGGAGAAGAACAGGAAAAGUGACAUUCUGUGUAUCUUUGAAUAUUUUUCGCAUGGGGCUGUUGAUAUUUUCAGCUCUAAAGAAAUGAAUGACUCCCACAGGUAAGAGUAGAGGAGUGUGGAAUCAAUCAUUCUUAUCUUGAAAUCAGUAGGAGUUAGAAUGGACUCAGAAGUAUAUCCUGAAAUCAUCUGUUUUCUGGAAAUAAUGUUAGUCUGUGAAGUAGCAGAUACUCAUCUGUCCUGUGUGUUCAGUCCUGUGAUACUCACAGCAGUUGCUUUUUCAAAUCCCCCCCUUUUCUCUCUUUAAACAAAAAAAAAAUCGUAUCUCCUCAUGGUUUUGGCUGCUCUUCAGAUUUGAAUUUGAAAAUAAGUGGUGAUGGUACUUCUUGUUUUUUUUUUUUUUUUUUUAACUCUAUGCAAAGCCUAAAAUGUUGCUUUUCGUCCUUCAAAUUUUCUUCUCAUUUCUGUCCAGGGGAUUCUUGAUUUCUGAUACCAAUUAUUCACUGGUGAUUCUCGCUGUUGUUAUCUUACUGCUAAUCCUUAUUAGUUUUCUUACUCCAGAUGCCAAAUCACAUUAAAGAAACUAAACUAUUUAAACAGCUUAUUGUAACCAAUUCUUCAUAUGAAUGAUUAUUGUGGCUGCCACAUCACAUUGACAAGCACAAAUACAGCAAAAUGAUUUCUAUGGUCAGGGAAUGCAAAGAUAUAACUCAAACUGAAUUGUUGUUUGGGCUCUAAAAAAAAAAUAGAAUGUGUGUACAGUGAAAAUCUAAUAGUUCUUUAGUGUUCCACAUAAGAUACAACAUAGAAAUGCACUAUGUGAAGGCAUGCAUAAAAUAUGCAAUAAAUGUGCUCUCUGUACAUCUUU